CUCCCAGUUAGGCUGGGUUCCAAACCGUUUUUCAAAAAAAAAAAAAAGAUCCUUUCUGGGACCUACUUUGCGACCAUAUAUCUGCAUUUUUUCAACCGUUCACUUCUUAAAGCUCCAUGAUUAGAUCAUCUCUGCAAAUUUUAUGCCAAAUGGAUAAUCGUUAAGGUACCAAACUAUAUUAGCAUUCUCUGGUAAUCAUUUGUUUCGUAUUGCGUACAACAGAACCCAGUGACCGACAACGGGUAAAUAUGUAUAAAGCUGCAGUGACGGGUAAUUGGAAACAGGCUGAAGAAUUGAUACGAGAGAAUUCGCUGAUUAAAUAUGCUAUAAUCAUGCGAGGAGGGUAUAAUGCACUUCACAUUGCAACUGGAGCGCAACAACUUGACUUCGUGAGGAUGUUAAUGGCCGAGCCAACGAUAGAUAUCGAUGAUUUGAGAAAGACAGAUGACAAAGGCAAUAACGCUUUUUGUAUAGCUGCUUCUGCUGGAUCUUUAGAAAUCGCUAAACUUAUGCUGUCAAUAGAAUCAACCCUGCUAACUACACGGGGAAACCGAGAAAUGUUGCCGCUCUGUUUGGCUGCUUGGUUUGGACGCGAGGAGAUGGCGAAGUAUCUAUAUCAAGGAGAACGUCAAAAACGUUAUUCACCAGAAGACCUGAUUCCCGUAUUUUUUGCUUCAAUAGAAUCUGGACUCUUUGGUUUCGCCUCGACAUUGCUAGAAAAUAAAAAUCAUCAUGAUUUUGCUCUUAAAUGUGAUAGUGAUGGAAAGACAGUCUUGCAUUUGUUAGCUCAAAAGCCUUCAGCAUUUACCGUGGGAACUCCCGCAGGAAGUACAGCCCUUAAAUUACUUGAAGCCGUCUUGCGCAUACUAGAAAAAAAUUCAAUAUUCACUAGUGAAUUCAGACAGCUAAUAAGAUGCCCUUCACAUGUGUUAUUCGAUGCAGUGAAAUCAGAAAAUUCUGAGUUUGUAGUUAAGCUUAUUGAGAUUUGUCCUAGUUUGAUAUGGGAAACAAAUGACAGAAAUUGGACCAUAAUACAUGCAGCAGUUUCGCAUCGUGAUGAGACUAUCUUCAAUUUACUACAAGAGUUUGGUUUUUUCAAGGAUGUGAUAGGGGACUUCAGAGAUAGCAAAAAUGGUGAUACAUUACUUCACCUAGCUGCAAGAUUAGCUCCGACCAGUCAAUUGGACAAACUACCUGGAGCAGCUUUUCAAAUGCAGCGGGAACUAUUAUGGUUCGAGAAAGUGAAGAACACUGUACAGGCGGCAGUUACAGAGGUGAGAAAUGGUCUCCCCCAAACAUUUCAAGAAGGAAGCGCCGCAGAAGUGAGCAGGUUGGCUCCACCGGGUGGCGAUUCACAUCAUGAAGCCACUUCAGCUGAUCAACAACGCAGUGCAUCUCAACAAGGAAAUGCGACAGAAUCUGAAGAAGACAAAACGCCUCAGGAGUUAUUCACUAUUCAGCAUAAAUUACUGCUGAAAGAAGGACGAAAGUGGAUGAAUGGGACAGCGCAAUCGUGUACAGUUGUAUCAACUCUUAUUGCUGGUGCUUUAUUUGCUGCAGGGAUCGCUGUCACUCUUGGAGGAAAUAAAGGAACUUCGGAUCACAACUUCCAAAAAGUGGUUUAUCGGAUUUUUAUCAUAUCAGAUGCAAUGGCCUUUUUGUUUGCCUUGGCUGCAAUACUAACCUUCUUGUCUAUCCUUACUUCACGUUAUGCUGAAAGAGAUUUUCUUGAAUCCUUACCUUCAAAGUUGAGAGUGGGACUUGGAUUACUCUUCUGUUCUAUUAUAACGAUGAUGGUGGCAUUCUGCUCGGCUUUCAUUAUUGCUUACAGUGUUGAAGACUUACUCCCCUAUCUAAUCAUUGAAUACACGGUUCUGAUGGUGCUUCUAUGUCUUUACAUGGAUCGUUCCCUUUUGACUUACAUUCUCAAGUCCAGAUUCUCUUAGAAAUGAUUGUUCAAGAAGUUGAGAAGAAAUUGAAAAUUGCAUCAAGUACAUGUUUAAUUAAAAACGUUAAUGUUUGUAAUAAAUUUCUACACACCAUAUUCAUGUUUGAUCGAAUUGAAUUUUAAUAAAUUCAUGU